AGAAAACUUUCCAACGUCGUCACAAUCAUGGACUCCGUUUCGACGACGGUGUCGUCCACGUGCGGUGCGAAUCUCUCCGUCUCCGACUGCCAAAUCAUCGCCAGGUUCGACACCGUCCUCUCGCCCAUCCUUCUGGGUCUCAUCGUCGUCGGCGUGCUUGCCAACUCGAUCAUGCUCUACGUGAUCAUCGCCCACCGCGACAUGCACACCUUCCCGAAUCUGUUCGUGGCCAACCUCUGCAUGACGCAUUUUCUCUACCUCGCCGUCCUGGCCAUCACCGAUGUCGUGUAUUACCUGAAGUUGGCCAUGAUGAUCCAAACGGAGAGUCUGAUAUCUUCAUCGGCUUACCUUUAUAUCUCUUUGGUGAUCACCAAUAAUACGUGUGCCAUGCUGACAGCCCUGUCGAUAGAGAGAUAUAUUAAGAUUAUUGUCGACCCCAAGAAGUCGGCCAAGUUCCAGAGAACGAGGGUCGCUGUCAUAUCAUGCAUUGCCGUCUGGACAGUUUCACUUAUCAUCUGCGCCCCCGUCUUCUACGGCAACUACUCCGAUGCUGCGAGCGCUUACUCCGACCCGCAGUACCGCGUCGCCGUCAUCAUCUCGUUCGUCUUCUCCUACAUCGCCCCGCUCGUCAUCAUCACCGUCAUCUACUUCCUCAUCAGGCGCAAGCUUCGAAAACGCGGGUCCUCAAUCAAGAUCAAGAACCGCGAUGCGUCGUCGUCGAAGGAUUCGACCACGGCUUCAAAGGCCGAGGACGAUCACGACCACGAGCUCAAGAUCCUGAAGACGGUCUGUUUCAUCGUCAUCAUCUUCACCUUCAACUUCGGAUGCCUCUACAUCACGAGUAUAGUGCUUAUGAUACUUCCUCUGGAUAAGCUCACGGAAGAGAUCGUGGUUCAAGUCAGCGAGACGAUUGCCAUCAUGACCGCCAGCAUUCACCCGAUCGUCUACGGGAUGACGCACCCGAGCUUCAACCCUCAUGUCAGACGCCUCAUCCUCUGUCGCGAAGAAUGCUGCCUUCGGUGCCGCCGAUGCGAGUGUGAUUGCAGCCGAUGUUGCCGGGGCGGUCGACCAACAUCGCUCCGUAGCGUCAUGAGGAAACAGAGUACCCUGGACGGCACCGUCAAUGCCAAUGACGAGUUCGUUCUCGUCGAGCGGUUCGAGGCAGAGCAAUCAAGUCAGCGACAGGAAAAUAUAUGAUGUCGUGUGUGUAUAGCUAUACAAAAUGACUUUUGAACUUUCUUCCGUUAUAAAUAUAACUAACUCUUAGUGCUUUAGUUUUUACUGUGAUGGUACAUGACUGUACAUGUAUAUGGAUUAAUCUGCUGUCUUUACUCAUUUGAGGUUGGCCACUGUCUUGUGCUACGAUUAUGAAUCUUGGACUUCGCGAUCUUCUAACUUUUCGUUUUAAUCGUCAUUUUUAAAAAGUCAUGGAUCCUCGUCUGUUUGGACAUAUA